AUGGCAAAUUCAUCAUCUCCAUGGUCAUCACAAAACGAUUGCCGAAAUAACACUGAAACAUUUUGUGUCUUUUCAUCGAAAAACUUUGCAGGUGGUAGAGGUAUAUCCAUCUUAACAACACCUGAUCGCGUUGAGAGCCUUCAACAACUACCAGCAUUUGUUGAUGCAGAUGCGUUAUUGGGCGUCAAUGAGCAACCGUCUCCACCGUUUGAAGAAAGAGAGCUCCCUGGGAGAGGACGUGGCCUUAUUGCGAAUAAAAUGCUACAUCGUGGUGAUAGGAUAUUUGCACAUACUCCCAUCUUGAUGCUGGAUGGUGAGAGUUUUGGAGAUCUAGAAAGAGAAGAGUGGCUAGAGCUAGAGCAUACAGCUGUCAAUAAUCUCCCUCCAACAACGAAAAAGAUGUUUUCGGCGCUAUAUGGCCGCCAGGUGACGGAUCCAGUGAGCGAUCGGAUUGACACCAAUGCUUUUGAACUUGAGCUGGACGAGGUCACGUAUUAUGCUGUAUUUCCCGAGAUAGCUCGUCUCAACCAUGAUUGCCGCCCUAAUGCCGCCUACUUUUUCGACAGGCAAAGUCUUACGCACUACGUACACGCUAUCACGGAUAUUACUCCUGGCACCGAAAUCACCAUUACUUAUAUAGAUCCGCAUAUGCCACGUCAGAAGCGUCUCAAGAAACUCUCCUCUCUCUGGGGCUUCAAUUGCUCUUGUAGCCUAUGUAGUCUUCAUCCAGAGCUGGCGCAUGCAUCUGACGAGCGCCUCGAUCAGAUUACAGCUAUUAGCGAGCGCCUCGAAGACUGGGCAACGGCGCCACCGCAAAUGGCGCGGACACUCAUCAGUCUUUACGAACAAGAGCGCCUGCAUGCUCCGUCUAGUUCAGCAUAUUGGUAUGCGGCGUUGACAAGCUGUGCGGAGGGGUCGUAUUGGGACACGAUACGGUAUGCGCAACUAGCGGUUGAGUUGGGGGUAUUAGACUAUGGAUUUAGCGAUGAGAGUUUUCAGCUCAUGAGAAGGCUGGCGAAGGAGCCAGAAAAAGAGGCGUGUUGGUUGACAAGAUUAAAAUAA